UUUGGCCAGGUCCUAACAGAUGGUGAGUCGAACGUCGUAGUCUUACAGGAGACAAUGCUUGGCGAUUUGAAGGCCAUUACGGACGUGCACGGCCCAGCGUAUACACUCGAAGAAAUAGAGAUUGUGGCGAAUACUCUGAACAUUGUACUUCCGGUGGCUGCAUUGGAUGAUACUGUUGCCCAGAGUUUCCUAGAAGUCUCCAGUGACGUCAUCGGCACUCUAACUGUCAAUGGAGAUGAUCAACAAAUCGUGGAAUUUAUCACUGGCAGAUUUAUGCACUUGUUGGAGGAGUUUGCCGAAGCUGUUGCGAUAGCGCACGACUGUGAUAGUGGGCCAAGUAUUCUUGAUACCGAAUUUGUCGAUUUAAAGGUUGAUUGCAUAGACCCAGAAUCAACUGAGGAUCAGACAUUCAGUUUGACGGAUGCUGACGUGGGUUACUCGGUGUCCAUCACAGUACCAAAUACAGAAAACGAUAUACAGUUGAAAGUAUCUCUAAUGGUAUACGAUGAGAUCCAGAACUUGAUUUCGAAUAAAGCCGAGAAUAAGUCUGAUGCAACCCAGUCCAAGAACCUUGUUUUGGAACCCGUUCUUGAGAAGGACGUCACAGUCGAAAGUCUGGUGACGUCAUUUAUUAUUACUUCAUCACUGGGAACAAUUGUUGAUUUCACUAAUAAUCCUGUUGUCAUCUCUUUGAAAAAUAACGAGAUUCCACUGACACGAGCUCACUCAUUGGCUCUUGAGAAUCUUACGUAUAUUUGCAGUGUGACCUCAAUAUUCUGCCUCGUUAUGACGCUGGGUUGCUACACCUACCUCAGACUUUGGAAAUCUCAACGUAUUAUACUUCAUGCAAAUCUUGCUGCGUCGUUGGCUAUUGCGCAGACUAUUUAUCUAGUCGGCAUCGAAGCAGAACCAGCCAGUUUAUGUAAAGUCGUUGCCGUGGCGCUGCAUUACUUUUUUACGUCUUCGUUUGUCUGGAUGUUUAUAGAGGGGGCUAAUCUGUAUGUCAAAUCCAUAUUUGUCUUUGCCAAAGAAAUUCCAACAGCUGCAUUGGCUGGCGUGGGAUGGGGUGUUCCCUUACUCAUUGUUGCAAUAUCGUUGGCAAUACGAUUUGACGGAUAUGGUAGUAAUGGAAUAUGCUGGCUAUCGUAUGAUAAUGGUUUGAUAUGGGCAUUUGCUGGACCAGUCAUCCUUGUAAUUCUCAUCAACGCCAUUAUCCUGAUUCUCGUACUGCGUGUGUUUAUGACUUUGAAAGCUAACGCAGACAAGACUGAAGUGGAGAAGCUCAGAAUUGGGAUUCGGGCAAUUGUCAUGUUGCAGCCGCUUCUUGGUCUGACGUGGUUGUUUGGUGCGUUUGCCGUCAACGCCGAAACGUUGGUGUUUCAGUAUCUGUUUAUAAUCUUUAAUGCACUACAGGGUGUGUUUAUUUUCAUCCUCCACUGCGCAAUGAAUGAAGAUGUGAAACAGGCUUUCCUGAAGAAACGUCGCGUGAAGCAUUCGCAUGACAGCGCCACCAUGUCUCUUUCAAUGCGAGACACAUCAUCGACAAUGGCAACGAAAAGUGGUGUGGAGAGUGUCAAAUUUUAA